CGAGGUUGCAGCUUUGUUUGGGCUCCAUCGACUGCAUUCCGCUGCAGAAUCACUGACUGGUGCAUGCACAGCGUUUCACCAAUCGCCUUUUGCACAUGAACUCACCGCUUGACGCCAUCGACAACUGCACAUUGCAUGCUCUCCCUGACGGGCGAGCUGUCGCAACGCGCUUGGGAAUACGAAACGCCUCGACUCGACGCCAUCAACGCGACGCUGCACACUGCAUAUGCAUUGCGCGAGGGGCGAGAGGGUCGCAACGCGCUACGCCACACCAAUCAUGCGCAGGUACCAUGCUCGCGUUAAGACUAGCAUCGCGCAUGACGGCGCGCCGCGCGUCGUCGCGGCGCCUGAGCGUCCCGAGCGUCAUGAAGGCUGCUGUGGUGCGCGAACCCGGCGCCGCCGACGCGCUUAAAGUAGAAAGUGACUUCCCCGUGCCCGACAUCGCGGCGGGCCAGGUGCUCGUGAAGAACGCCUUUGCCGGCAUCAACUUUAUUGAUACGUACCACCGCUCGGGCCUGUACGCCCGCGAUUUGCCCUUUGUGGGGGGCCAGGAGGGCGGCGGCGAGGUCGUCGCCGUCGGUUCGGAUGUCAAGGACGUCAAGGUCGGCGACAAGGUCGCCUACUCGGUCUUUGGCAGUUACGCGGAGUACACGGCCGUGCCCGCGGCCAAGUGCUUGCCCGUGCCCGACGACGUGCCCAUGGAUGUGGCUGUGUCCUGCGUCGUGCAAGGUUUGACGGCGCACUACCUCACGUCGGACGCCCACGCGCAGCUCAUCCAGCCGGGCGAGUGGAUGUUGGUUCAUGGCGUCGGCGGCGGCACGUGCCAGUGGGCGGCGCAGAUGGCGAAGAUCCGCGGCUACAAGGUCAUCGGCACGUGCGCCAAGGGCAAGGGCGACAUCGGCAAGGCCACGGGCGUUGAUGAAUUGAUCCUGUACGACGAGGCGCCGGGCACGGCCUACGAGGAUUAUGAGUCCGUCGACGGCCUCGCGAAGGUUUUGGAGAUCACGGACGGCGCGGGCUGCAAGGCCGUGAUCGACGGCAUCGGCAAGGCGACGCUCGACAUGUCCCUCGGGUCCCUCGCGCAGCGGGGCAUCUUCGUGUCCUUCGGCAACGCGUCCGGCGCGGUGCCGGCCUACCCGCCGCUGCGCCACAUCGCCAAGUCGAGCUUCAUGUGCCGGCCGAAGCUCCUGGACUACACGCGGAACCGCGAGGAGCUCCUCUACCGCUCGAACGAGAUCAUGGGCUGGCUCCAGAGCGGGCAGCUCAAGGUCUCGGUGGACACGUCCUUCCCGCUCGACCAGGCGGCCGAGGGCCACAAGUACCUCGAGAGCGGCGCGUCGACGGGCAAGGUGCUGUACCGCAUCGACUGAGUGGCGGACACUUGCGCGUGGGGAGUGUAGGACUGCCUAGUUG